ACAUCUUAAGGUUAUUUAAUAUAAAAAACAGGGAUAAAAAACUCUACCGGAAUUGUAGGAGAUGUGUACUUAUAAAUCAGCUGUUUCCGAAGGAAAUUAUAAAUACGAUUUUUACACUUCCACUCAAAAGUUAUCAUUCUAUCGAUUAGUUUAGUUUCGUUCGCUAAAACUGAUUUCUGAUAAUUGCAAAAAAUAUCAGGUUAUCGUAAAAUCAAAUAUAUGUAGAUACGUACACAUCUCGUGUUAGUGUUGAUUAAACCGCGCAUUUAAAAAAAAAUCACAAAUGCCGCAAGAAAUUAGAGUUUUGCAAUGUACUGAAUGUAAAAUGUUCCAAGUCGAUUUGGUGAAAAAGGUGAAAACAUGGACUUGUAAGGUAUGUAAUGUAAAACAAAGGUCUCUGACUGAGUACUUUCGUGGAAGUGGCCCGGAAUGUCGUGUGCUUGUACAGAACCUGAAUAAGAAUAAAGAGCUUACAACAUUGAGCACCUCUACGUUUAUCUCACCAAAUCAUAUGGUCCUUCAGAAUGAGCAGCACAUUUCACCUUCAAAUUACAAGAAAUUUAAGGAAAAUGGAUUUGCAAGUAAUGAGUCUGAAUUAAAUGAUAAGGAUUUUAGUGGAAGAAAUGUCGAUAAUCGUCAAAAUAAUAAUAUCGAGUCAUCUUUGGAAAAUACUAAAGGAUUGGCUGAAAUCGAAAUGCAAAAUUGUAGUAAACGCCCAUCAAAUGAUUUCUACAAUAACAUGAAGAAAACGAGCAAAUGGGAUAAAUAUGUAUAAAUAUUAUUAAAUAUUGUAAAAAAUAUAUAGUAUAUGCAUAAAUGUAUAUUAUCUUUUACAUAUAUUAAAAACGAAAUUAUGAUUAUUAAU